GGUUGGGUUGAAAUGAAUUGAAUGGGUUUAGUAGUAAUUAGAGAGAGAUGAAGAAAGUGAGAAGAGUAUCGAGCAAUAAGGGCGAAACAGAAAUCGAAGCAACAAACACACAAUACUGUUACGAAUUAAACAUCUCUCUAUAAUUUCCAUUUUUCUUUAUCUCUUCUCUCUCUCUCUCACUCUAUUUUCCCUCUCUCAAACCACGUAACGGCUAGCAGUGCCAUAUCGGCGACGCCGGUUUCCCUUCGCGCCGGCGCUGAAGCUGUAAACACGUCUCAUUUUGGAUUCAUACUAUAUUUGCUUUUUUAUCUUACACUUCUCAGGGAUACACAAUGAUAGGAUCCUUUCUUACGAGGGCUCUUGUUAUGGUUUUUGGCUAUGCCUACCCGGCCUAUGAAUGCUAUAAAGCAGUAGAAAAGAAUAAGCCAGAAAUUGAACAACUUCUCUUUUGGUGCCAGUACUGGAUUUUGGUAGCUGUUCUGACAGUAUGCGAGAGGAUUGGUGAUACUUUUAUAUCAUGGGUCCCAAUGUAUAGUGAAGCUAAGUUGGCAUUUUUCAUUUAUCUAUGGUGCCCAAAAACGAAGGGAACGGCGUAUGUAUAUGAUUCCUUCUUUAGGCCAUAUAUUGCAAAACAUGAGACAGAAAUUGAUCGCAACUUGUUGGAGCUAAGGACAAGGGCAGGAGACAUUGCAGUUUUAUAUUGGCAAAAAGCUGCUAGUUAUGGUCAGACUAGAAUAUUUGACAUUUUGCAGUAUGUUGCUGCACAAUCAACACCUUCGCCUCACCCUGCUCAGCAACGACAGGCUAUGAGGGUUCGUCAGCCUACAUCUAACCAACCAGCUUCUGCGAAAGAACCACGAGCUAAGGAUCCAUCUUCUCCCACUUCUACCUCAUCCAGUCAGCACCAGAAGGAAGUAGCAGAGGAGUUGGGUUCUUCACAUGUGCCUAAAGCAGGCCCCUCCGGAACAGGUUUAAGUACCCAGCAGUCUAAUCCUUUACAUGAAUCGACAAUUCAAUCCGUACCUGCACAGGCAGAGCCAAUGCAGAUUGAAGCAGCAGUACCUUCAUCCUCUUCAGCAAAUGAAAAUGAGAACCCUCCCACGGAAGAAACACUAAUGGAAGAAAGCAUUAGGGUUACACGAGGUAGACUAAGAAAAACUCGAUCAACUGGAAUCCAUUAGGGAAUCAAUAUUUUCAAUUUUAGCCUGAAAAACAUGGGUUGGUGUCAUUGGCGGGUGUGGAAUUGUAAAAAAUUAUGUAAAUAAGUUCUCGGUUUUCAUUCCCUUCAUUGUUUUUUUUAAUAAUUUAAAAAUUUCUUGC